AUGGAGGAUGAGGUCAAGAAUGAGGCGGGGCGGCAUCGCCUUUCCACUUCCGCUAAAGUGAAUAGACUAUCUCGUCUCCUGAAGGCAAAAAGAAUUGAUCAGAUGGACGAUUCCGGAAAGCAGUAUAAGUGGGAGUGUAAAGCGGAACUGUGUUCACCGGGGUUUUUUGGUGAAAGGUGCUCUUUUCCUUGUCGUUGCUUGGACAACAGCUGCCAAAACACUGUCAAUAGUCUGGGGUGCAUCACAGGUUCUUGCAGUCCUGGCUACAUUGGCUUUCCUGCUUGUCAAACUCAAUGUGAAUCGGGCAAAUUCGGCUUGGGCUGUGAGCAUAAAUGCAGCUGUACUCCAGAAAAUCGAUGUUCUCCUAUCAACGGGAACUGCAUACCUCCCAAUCACUGUACGCCAAAUCGUAGUGGUCCAGGUUGUCAAAUAAUUCGUUCAAAAUUAACUACUGCACCGAAUCUGAAAGUCACUUGCACUUCACUUACAAUUUCCUGGUCAGCAUUCAACAAUUCUGUCGAUAGCGGCGUUUCUGAUGUUCAGAAAUACCGAAUUGAACUGCGCACAGAUACAUCAACAAACUUUACAGAGUUACAAACAGUGUCUAGAGAACAGGCGGUGAACGGGUUGUACAGUGUGGACGUCUUAGAUGCUGCACCCGGCAAGAGCUAUUGGGCUCGCGUUGUGCCAAUUUUCUUUCUUGACAUGGGUGGGGGCGAUGGCUACCUGGAGGAGGGCAUCGCGAGUCCACCUUCGCAGAAAGCUUUCAUACCCAAAAGAGCCUGCUUUCAACAUCCAUCCGCUCUGGAAACAAAGGGGGUAGCGGUGACGACAGGCGUCACCAGACUCGCUCCCACAUCCACAUCUACACCACGAGAGCGCCUGACGGGGCCGCGUAGUUGUGCCCUGGUGGGGCUGGCUGGGACAUGGGCUGUGUUUCAGUGGCAUCACGGCCUCCACUCCUGCGGGCUGGGUGAGCUGACGGGCUAUGAGUUGAGUCUUACUUCCUUCGAAGGCAACGGAGCAAUGGAGGGCGAGAUGGUCGUCAAGCACUACCGCACCAACUCCCUAACCACCGCCAUCGUGGCUGCGGAUCUCACUCCAGGGAUCAAGUACAGAGCUCAAGUGUUUGCUCUUUACGAGCAGGGCAGCGUAGCAUGCUCUGACGUCUCGGUGGGUGGCGAGGAGAACGACGUCAGUGGUGGCAGUAGUGGCAGCAUUGAAUUCAGCACAUUCACCGCGGCCGACACCACGGCACCUCCAAAGUUGCAAAUGAGUCUGCUGGAGCGUCACUACGAUAGCUUCGUUGUGCGCCUCCACCUCCUCGAUGUUCUCCCACUGGAGCUUAGUCAACUUUGGGUGUCGGCUUUCCCAGUGGAGACCCGAAUACCCCAGACUGUUGGAUUUGGAGGAGGUGAUGUCUUGGUUCAGACGGCGUUAGGAAUGAGACACCACUUCUCCUUUGCCGCUAACAUCCAUCCCGCCACUCGCUACCGCCUCUACGCUUGGGCUUCUUCCACCCCCACGGUCGUAAUGUGCGCAUUCACUCAACUCAUUCAUCAAUUCGGCUAUUUAGAGGCGCGUUUUGUGGGUGUGACGAUGGAGUUUUGGACAGCUCCAAAGCCCUUCGAAGCUAUUCCCAACUUUGUGAUGCCACCGCCACAGGUGCUGGAAGUGCUCGACCGCACUCUGCACCUCCGCUUUCCUAAUAUCUCCGGCUACGCUGGUGGUCCCCUCACUGACUUCUUCCUCGCUGUCAGUUCGGAUCAUGCUGCUAUGGCUACGGGCUCGGAACUAGCUGGCAUUUCCUCUGUUCUGCGUCGUCGUCUCACCCUUCCAUCAAGUGCGAGUAUUGUAUUGCACUCACGAUCUUAUCCUAGCCACGUAGUGGUGGUAGGGGAUGGGGUAGUGGAGGUGGAGAUGGAUUUCCGCACCAAAAAUCCGGAUCUCCGAAUGUUCGCCGACCCGCCUCUCGAACCAGACUCCAAGUAUACUCUAUUUGCUCUUGUCGCCUCGAGUCUUUGCGAUGUCGUAGACGCAGUGGAGGAGGAGGACUUCGUAGUGUCACCAAAAGGGACAAAAGUAGUCCGCACGGCGCCGUUACUGAUUGCACGGUCUUCUGGCACCGCUGCUACAGCUGUGGGUACUGGGGUCGCUAUUUUCCUCUUCGUCGUCUGUAUCCUUCUCCUUGCCCUCUUCGUCUGGUGGCGGUGCUUGAGGGAUCAGUCGCUACUUUGGCAAAAGCAAUUUUACCUUCAGUCCAAGCAGUACUCCCUCAACAUGCGUCCCAAACGACGCCUCAGUGGGACCUUUACUUCAUCCCCCAUCGAGGAUUGCAUGGCAGCGAUGCCAAAUUCCUACGGGGCUUGGAGCUUUCCCCUAAAUCUGCGUGAUCCUCGCUUCCUUGUCAUCGAUCCUGAACGCGGACCAGAUAACACCUUACUGGGCACCAAGGAUCUUCGGGAGAUUGCUGAAACAUUUUUCAGGGAAUAUAAGAGUCUGCCAGUGAACAAAGCCCUAUCUCAGAUUCAAGCAAGACGAGCGGUGAAUCGGGGCAAGAAUCGGUGCCUUGAAUCCCUCCCAUUUGACCACAACCGCGUGCAUCUGCGACGUCAUUGUGAAAUGGGCGACUGCCAGACGGACUACAUUAACGCAAGCUAUAUGGACAGCUACCUGCGUCGACGCGUUUACAUAAGUGCUCAGAGUCCCUUCAACGCAGCGACGGCGAGUGACUUCUGGACCAUGGUGGUCCAGUGCAAUGUUGCCCAGAUUGUCCUCCUCGAUAACCAGAUUGAGGCUGGAGUGGUGAAAUGCACAAAGUACUGGCCAGAUCCGGGGAAUGUGGAAGGAGGAGGCGGAGGUGGGAGCGAGCGCCGUCAGUACGAUAGCGUGGUGAUUGAGGCGGUGGAUACUGUGGAAUACGCACACUUCAGCGUGCGACGCUUCCGCGUUACUGAUCUGUCAGCAACAGGAGGCUCGAGGCAAUGUGUGACGCAGUACCAUUACCACCGAUGGCGUGUCUACGACAACGAGAAUGAAGACGACCUCGUGGAUGGAUUCGAUCACCUUGCCUUUAUUGACUUCUACUUCCAUGUGAAGAUGGCCACACGCUUGGAGGAUGGACCCAUCCUGGUGCACUGUGAGGACGGGGUGUCGCGUUCUUCGGUGUUCGUGGCCUUUGACACGCUCUUCCAACAGUUGAUGUACGAGCACGCGGUUACGGUGGUGCGGACGUGCGCGGUGCUGCGACGCGCGCGACAACGCGCGAUACCCUCGCCGCGUCGCUUUGCCCUCCUCUAUGACCUCCUAUUUGAGGCUGGCAUUGCUGGACACGCUCUUCUUGACCUUGACAUUCGCUCCGCCCUCGCUUCGCUAAGCCAGCGGAACGUGACAGCGGGCUUCACGUACUUGCAGGAGCAGUGGUACUUGCUGCACAACUACACGCCGUCGCCGUCACUGCCCUCUUCCGCCACUACGAGCGGUGAAGGCGAGAACGAAUUGGCCGCAGUGUGGGUGGACGGAUUGACGGUACAAGAGGACGUGAUUCUUGCUCGCUCUCCUAUCACCGCCGUGGCGGCUUUCUGGCGUCUCGUCUUCCAACAUAGGAUCUCCUGUGUGGUGGACAUGGAGCCCUCGUGCUACGAAGCAGAUAGCGACGCGUUUCCAUUUUGGCCUCCAUACAUCGGUGGUGCUGCGGGUGACAUGGAAGAGGAGGCCCUAUUGGGCACCUACAAUAGCACCACUGCUACUGCCUUCACUCGCGUGCUCGAUGUCGGCGGCGUGGUGGAUAGCGAGGGUGAGAUGGCGGUGCCACGUGACACUGGAGCCUGGUUCCACCUCGCCGAGUUCCAGUUGGCGCAGGUGGGUCGGUUGGAGUCUCUUCCUCCACCUUCCUUAGCUCUGUCACCCAGGCGUAAUCGUCGGCGUCGGCGCCAACAGCAGCAUCAGAGUGAUUGUAGAAGAGCCACUGGGUGUCUCUUCAAGCGGCGCAUCAUUAUUCGACGACUCCUACCGCAACAACAGCAGCACAUUUCAGCUCCACGAAGAGCUGAGUUCCGCACAGUGAACAUAUUACACUUCAAGGCGCACUGGAGGCAGGGUAACCAGGUACCACCUCGGAGGGCGAUGCUACAGGCAAUAGAGACGUUUGCGGCGGCGCGUGGAAUCGGCCCCGCGGUAGUGCUCUGCGCUGACGGAGCGACGCGUAGCGGUCUCUUUCUCGCCGCUCACCUUCUCAUCGAAUGUCUGGACCGAGACCGCUUUGUCGACCUCUUUCACACCCUUAAGUCUCUGAAACUACGUCGCCGCGCUGCAGUCGCCUCUGUGUCCCAAUUGCGCUUCCUCUACCGCCUUCUCAUUAUUUGGGUUGACGAGAUGAUGAUCAAAGGUCAACAUAGGAACUUAAAAAUCCCCCUCUACCCGGAAGCUUCGUUAGUAGCGACGCCACGAAGCAGCCGACAGGAUCUCUCUACAUCUGCCGUCUUCUCCUCUAGUCGCGUCUCCACGCAAGUGAGUGGUACGGUGUUUGGUGGCACCAACGGGAGCAAUAGCAGCCUGGGGGCCGCAGGUACCGAGGAGGACGAAGAGGAAGAGGAUGACACUGCCAUGGUAACGGGCUCUCCACGCGCAAUUACCGUGCUCUACCGCUACUUCAUACUAUCGGAACCGGUCACUUUGAAAGCCAUGGUGCGAAAGCUUAGACACCACGAGAAGAAACUUCUGAAGAAGUUCGAUUUCAUCAAUUGGUCUGCAGACAACAAUCUUCAUGAACUAAAGGUAGUCAAGAGAUUUUACAUUCAAAAACGCGAAGAUUACACAUUAUAUAACAAGCUGUCAAGGCACAUACGCGAAAUAGCAGAUAAGCUGAAGGAUACUGACGGAAAGGACCCAUGGCGAGCAGAAAUGACCAACAUGCUUUUGAAUAAAUUGCACAAUCUUGGCCUGGUCCCAACAAAAUCAUCAUUAAUGCUGGCUUCUAAAGUUAGCGCGUCGUCGUUUUGCAGAAGACGACUUCCGGUCGUGAUGGUCCGCGCGCACAUGGCUGAAACCCUCAAAGCUGCUGUAACUUUUAUUGAGCAGGGGCACGUCAGAGUCGGUCCAGACACCAUCCGCGACCCCGCAUUUCUCGUAACCCGGCCUAUGGAAGACUACGUCACAUGGGCUCCUGGCUCCAAAAUUAAGAAGAAAGUUCAGGAAUACAACGGCAUGCUAGAUGAUUUCGACUACGAAUAA